AUGCCUAGCGCUAAUAAUGGAGGAGGAGGCGGCCCAGGCUCUUCAUACGAGACUUUCGAAAUCCCAGACUUCACUUUCGCAAGCGGAGCCAAACAAUCUGUCAAGAUUGCUUACCACUCUAUCAAUCCCACUUCUACUAAAGGAACUGUUCUGAUACCUACUUGCUUUGGAGGACGCAUCAAUACGACUCUGACUUUUACUACUGGAGCCCUCCGAGAAUAUCAUGUUGUCGUGGUAGCUAUGCUUGGGAAUGGCGAAAGCUCGAGUCCUUCUAAUGAUGAGACUUUUCCCCGAGAUUAUUCGCUGCGAUAUCAGGACAACAUCAAUGCCCAAUAUAUCCUUCUCACCCGCCAUCUCGGCGUCCAGAGCCUCGAAGCAGUCGUCGGUUUCUCCAUGGGUGGACAACAAGCCUACUACUGGGCAGUCAUGCACGGCUCCGACAACAAGCCCAACUCACCACCUUUCCUCAAACGCGCCAUCGUCAUCUGCGGCAGCGCAAAAACUUCCGGCCACAAUUACGCUUUCCUCGAAGGUCCGACGUCUGCAUUAGUCGCGAGUCACGACUACGUUCAAGGGCGUUUGAAUCGUAGUAAUAAUAAUGAUAAUAAUAAAAACAACAACAACCAGCAGCAGCAGCAGCAGAAAAAUGGUCUUGUCGUUGAUCACAAUCCACCCAAAGAAGGUCUUCGAGCUUUUGGACGAGCGUAUGCGGCUUGGUUGACGAGUGCAGAAUGGUUUCGGCAAGAGCUGUGGAGGGAAGUUGGCGCGAACAGUUUACAUGAUUGGUUGUAUCCCCCCGUGGCGUCGGCCGAGAGUUGGGAUCCGGAGGAUUUGAUUACGCUGGCGAGGAUGUGGCAGGCCGGGGAUGUGGGAGAUGUUUUUGGAGGAGGAGAUUAUAAGAAAGCUUUGGCGAGCAUCAGUGCAAAAGUCUUACUGAUGCCUUGUACGACAGAUCAGUAUUUUGUUGCAGAGGAUUGUGCGAAUGAAGUCAAAUUUUUGCAAAAAGGGAAAUAUGAGCCGAUUCCAUCCGUGUGGGGACAUAUUGCGGGUGGUGGAGCAAAUCCCAAGGAUACGGAAUGGAUGGAUGGAAAAAUAGCGGAAUUUAUGAAAGAGGAUUGA